AUGGCGGAUUCUUCGCAACCACCUAAAGAUCUUUCAUCUCCAAUUUUCUUGCUGUCUAACAUCUGUAAUUUGGUAUCUCUUCGACUCGAUUCUUCAAACUUCGUGCUUUGGAAGUUUCAACUUACAGCAAUCCUUAAAGCCCAUAAACUCUAUGGCUUUAUAGAUGGAUCGACACCAAAACCUGCUGAGUUCUUGGUUUCGUMUUYGGACARUUCGUCAUCUGYUCCGCCUGCUGCGAAUCCRGCUUUUAGCGAGUGGAUCGCCAAAGAUCAUGCUCUCAUGACUCUUCUGAAUGCUAYUCUGUCAUCAUCGGCUCUUGCSUAUGUGGUUGGAUGUGAUUCRUCUCAACAGGUUUGGCAAACCUUGGUGAAGCACUAUUCAUCCUCGUCCAGAACAAAUGUGGUCAAUCUGAAGUCAGAUCUUCAGUCUAUCAGCAAGAAACCUGGUGAMUCUAUUGAUYUCUAUGUGCAGCGAAUCAAAGAACUAAAGGACAAACUUGCAAAUGUAUMUGUUCUUGUUGACAACGAAGAUCUGCUCAUCUACACUCUCAAURGUUUACCACCCGAAUUCAAUGYGUUUCGUACUUCGAUGCGUACUCGCUCUCAAUCGGUAUCAUUUGAAGAGCUUCAUGUCCUAUUAGUUUCUGAGGAAGCAGCAAUUGAUAAAUAG